ACGCCGCAGCGCGAACAGUGCAACAUGUCCCGAUCGUUCCUAGUCGACACCUUGAUCAGUGAUACGAAAGACUGCAAAAAGACAGACAUGUCUAGUGAACAUUUGAACCCGUACACGAGUUUGAUCAAUCAGCACUUGGACACACGGCCCAAGUUUCUGCCGUACCCUUACCAGGGUAACCUGAACAAUCUUCUGAGCCUUGGACUUCAGCAGCAGCAACGGUCUCCAGACCUAUUCCGUCCUUUCCUCGAGCAUCUGAACUUCAGAUACCCUCUCUUCCAUCAGCUACCAAGGCAGCCAGAUUUUUUCGAACCAGUACAAAGCGAACAAAGACCAUUUGAAGGAUAUCUGAAAACUGAAGAACAAGAGCCAAUUAGUUUUGUGAGCCGAAGAAAAAAAUCUGUGUCGCCGUAUCUUCAUCACCCGUACAAGUCAACAGCAACGUCGCCGGCGAAAAGUCAAGGUCAGAGGUCACCUUCGCUGUCGAGUGAGAGCCGAAAUGGAACUCCAAGUCCGCCGCUGGCGCACCCUGAAGAACUCCUCCCUGGUUACUCAAAGGACUUGAAACGAAUUCCAAUCAAAGAAGACUCUAGCAAACGGAUUAGAACCGCCUUCACCGGAACGCAACUUUUAGAGUUGGAGAGAGAAUUUUCGAUGAACAUGUACCUGUCGCGAUUGAGACGCAUCGAGAUCGCGUCGAGACUGAAGCUGUCGGAGAAACAAGUGAAAAUCUGGUUCCAGAAUCGCCGCGUGAAGUUGAAGAAGGAGGAGAGUCCGAUGAGUUCUACCGAGGGUAAAGCUAAGAAGUGCUGCUGCACGAAGGCAUCGUGCUCCAAAAACCGGGAAUCUUCGUGCGAUAACGAUCAAGAACAAAUCGAUGUGGUCAGUGAUAACGACACCAGUUUCGAAGCCCAAAACUUAUCGCAGUACCCUUGAACUGUCUUACGUUUUAAUCAAUACGAACUGUUUAAACAGAUAAACUUUUGGUAAUGUAUGUGAAUAAAUUAUUAACGGAGAGUACGCGAAAUUUUCGAACUUCGCGAACUUCUUGCUGAGAUGGGAUGCUGUAUAAAUAUUUGUACAUUGUUAGUGUUAUAAUGAUAAUUUAUGAUCAUGUGAAUUUUGCGAGGAUAUUCAUAGAUAUAUUUUCUUAGCGGUUUACAAUUUGUUAGGUGGAAUAAAUUUUAUAUUGAAUUUGUUUGGUUUUAUUGACGCAUACCUCAGUAGUGGGGUUGUUCACUGAGUAAUUAAUUUAUGGGACCAGGAAUCUCAAGUACCAUGAGG